AGCAUGAAGGGAGGAAACUGUCUGCGUAUGAUCUCCAAGUUUUUCCUUCCUAACAGAGGUUAAACACACGGAGAAAGAUAUGUGUGAUUUUGAUAAGCAGAAAGGCCCUGGGCGGCUGAUGAAGAAAGGACUGACCCUCAUCGUCAUUGGUCAUGUUAACUUUAUUCUCAGUGCAAUUGUCCAUGGCAGUGUAUUACGUCACGUAUCCAAACCUAGCAAUGAGAUCUCAACAGAAUACACCGUAUCAAACAUCAUCUCCGUCUCAUCAGGACUGUUGAGCAUUGGAAGUGGAAUUGUUGCCAUAUUGGUGUCAAGGAAUAUUGCCAAUUGGAAACUACACAUCGGUCUGUUAGUAAGUUCCUUUCUGAACGCUCUGCUCACACUGGCGUGUUUACUGGGGCUGAUUCUGGCCAUCAGUUUGACCAUUUCAGGAGACGGGUCAGCACUCAUGAAAGGAUGUAAUUCCACAAAUAUGCCUGUGAAUGCACGAUCUCCAGUCAUUGUCAACUGCCCUUUUGAUGCCACACGCAUCUAUGACACAACUCUUGCUCUGUGGUUCACCUGUGCUGCGUUCACUGCAGUGGAGGCCGGUCUGUCCGUUUGGUGCUUCAUUGUGGGUCUCCAGUUAAGAGGCAUCGGCCCAUGUGCGCAAAACUACAUCAGAGAGCAGCUGGAAGAGGAGGCACAGGCAUCCAGAUCAAAGAUGGAGGAAGACCACAUGACUCAAGGAGUGCGUCUCAUUGCACAUCACUCAGCCAGCGCUUAAAGAGAGAGACAUUCCUGAAGUUCAGGUGGAAUAUUUACAUGCUGUCUUUAAUGAUCCCUCUGUAGUGAAACACACCAUAAUGGUAGAUUUCACACGGAGCAACAUUUUGCAUUCGUGUUAUUUGAUAAUGUUGUUUUUGUAGGUGAUUUGAAGGUUUUGAUGCAGACGUUGGUCAAUUGAACCUAAACUUAAGGAACACAAGAUUUUUUGUACAUUUUACAAUACUCCGAGUGUUAAACAGUUGAGUUUUAUUAUUGUUGAGUCCAUUAAACUGAUCUCCUGGUGUGACGGGAGCACUUUUAGCUUAGCUUAGCAUAGAUCAUUGAAUCGAAUUAGACCAUUAGCAUCUCGCUCAAAUUUUAAAAAAGAAUGAGGGUACACUCAAAAAUGAUUUUUGCUGCUUGUUCAAACUACUUCUUUAAAAUGAGCCGAAUCUACACAAUUCUUGAGUUUCUUUAACUUAAUUGUUUUAUGUUCUAUCCACUGAAAUUUGUUAAAACGAUUAAGUUAACGUAAAUGAUUUAUGUUGGGACAACGUGAAGGAACUUUUUGAAACCCAGCAUUAUUAACAGUUUAUAUUUCCUAGCCAUAUCAGCCUAGAAAAUAGCAACUUUGGAUCAUUUUGUCAGAUUUAGUAAGCAAUGUAACGACAGCAGAGUCAAGCUUUAAAUAUUUAAAUUAUCAACUCUUUUUUUUUUUUUUAACUAAACUAGUGUCAGCAGAGAUGUUUUUAAUGUUAGAAAGACUGCUUUGUCGCUAAGUGUUGCCAUGACCUUUUAUUAUAUGUACUGAGAGGAUAAAAUUGAGUCCUUUUUGAAAUUUGAGCGAGAUGCUAAUGGUCUAAUCCAAUUCCAUUAUCUAUGCUAAGCUAAAAUUGCUCUUAGAUCAGAAACUUGUAAAAUUAGCCUAUUUCCAAAAAAAGGUUGUGUGUUUUUUUAAAUAAGUUGAGUUUUCGAAUUAAAUAUUUUCCGUCUACUUGUAUAGAUUGUAAUUAAUCCCAAAACAACAUAGACUGUAUUGAUUAUGUAAUCUUUUUUAUGUACUUAUGAAUUAUCUAAUAUUUUUUGACUAAACCAUUGUCAGCAGAGAUGUUUUUUUUAUGUUGAAUGGCUGCUUUGUUUCCAAGUGUUGCCAUGUCAUUUUAUAAUAAGCAGUGAGAGUAUAAAAUUAUCGAAUCCAUUUUGAAAUUGAGUGAGAUGCUAAUAGUCUAAUCAGAUUCACUGAUCUAUGCUAAGCUAAAAGUGCUUGAAGAUCGGCUGAAUGGAUUCAAAAAUGUUUGUAAAAACUUGUAAGAUGAGCCUAUUUCUAAAAAAACUUUUUCCUUUAAGUUUUUGAACCAAAUCUUUUCCGUCUACUUGUAUAGAUUGUAAUUAAUCCCAAAACAACAUAGACUGUAUUGAUUUAUAUGUAGUAAUGGAUUAUCUAAUAUUUUUGACUAAACCAUUGUCAGCAGACUUUUUUUUUUAAAGUUAGAAUGGCUGCUUUGUUCCCAAGUGUUGCCCUGUUCUUUUAUUAUAAGCGAUGAGAGUAUAAAAUUAUACUCUAAUCCUUUUUGAAAUUGAGUGAGAUGCUAAUGGUCUAAUCCAAUUUUAUGAUCUAUGCUAAGCUAAGCUAAAAGUGCUCAGGGAUUGGCUGAAUGGAUUUAAAAAUGGUAAAACUCAACUGUUUAACUUGUAAGAUGAGCCUAUUUCCAAAAAAAAGUUGAGUGUUCUUUUUAUCAAGUUAAGUUUUUGAACCAAAUCUUUUCCAUUCACUUGUAUAGAUUGUAAUUAAUCCAAAAAAAAACAAAGACUGUAUUUAUUAUGUAGUUUUUUUUUAUUUAGUUACAAAUUAUCUAAUCAUUUUUUGACUAAACCAUUGUAAGCAAAAAAAAAUUUUAAUGUUAGAAUGGCUGUUUUGUGUUGCCAUGUCAAUUUAUAAUAAGCAGUGGGAGUAUAAAAUUAUCUAAUCCUUUUUGAAAUUGAGUGAGAUGCUAAUGGUCUAAUCCAAUUCAAUGCUCUAUGCUAAGCUAAGCUAAAUUGCCUGGAGAUUGGCUGAAUGGAUUCAAAAAUGUUUGUAAAGUGAGCCUUUAUCCCCCAAAAAUUUGAGUGUUCCUUUUAAAUAAGUUCAGUUUUUUUAAACCAAAUCUUUUCUGUCUACUUGUAUAGAUUGUAAUUAAUCCCAAAACAAACAACGCAGACACUGGGACUGCAUAAUAUUGGAAAAAUCUGACAUUGCAAUGUUUUGUUUUUCUGCGAUAUAUUGUCAUACAAAUACAGUUUGAGCAGAUGAUUUAAAGAGAUCUAUUUGGGAAGAAUUCAAUAUAAAUUGAUUAAUGAAAUAUAAAUAAAGGCUUCAUUGUAUAAAUAAUUCAAUUAAAAAUAUGUAAGUUACAAAUGGUACAAUUUCUUAAACCUGAAUACUUAAACUCUCUUGAUUGACAGUCGCAGGAUUUUGCUCCAUUAUGAUAAAAAUCUUCAAUGACUGUGGCUCCUGGUCAAAUAUAAUGCCAGUUUAACAUUUGCAGAUUCUGCGAAGUGAUUAUUGUGGAUGCACACAUUUUGAUAUCGAUGCUGUAAAGAUAUAUUGUGCAGCCCUGAUAGACGGUAUUCACUAUGUAGUUUUUUUUUACGUAGUUACAAAUAUGCUAGUUUUUGUUUACAUUGAAACUUGUGCAUAAUUUCAAAAUUAAGUUUUUUAAAGUGACCUUUUGUACGCUUUAAAAAAUUUUUAUUGUCAAUGUCAGAUAUGCUGAAUAACAUUGUAUUUUAGUUUGAAAGAAAGCAACUGUUUUGACUACUUAGUGCCAUAGAUUGAUCUUUGUAUUGGCAGUAGACAUUAUAAAUAUUUCAUUGGCAGUGUGUCAAAGUGCCGUGAGAGACGUUAAAAUGGCUCAAUGAUGCAGGGAAAAUCUCGCAUUGGCAGAUAAUCCAGCGUGAUUAAAGUAGUUAAUGCUGAGGGAUAGAGACAUGACUGGCAGUCAAAACAAAGAGAUUUCCCUCUUCAUGAUCCGUGGGAUUUCAUUUCAAAACAGUGUUUGUUUAGAGAGCUGUAAUUUUGCUUUUAAUUCCUGACGGAUUACAGAAAAGUCCCUCAUUCCAAUGCAGAAAACCGAACCUUUGAUGUCUACAUUUCACUUUAUUAAUUCUUUUUAUUCUAGCAUGUAUGUAGUUGUUAUCAGUGUGCAUUAUAUUUGAAUAAAUACAUAUUGAUAUGAAGAA